GGACGCCUCUAACCAACAACCAGCUCCACCUGGUGCUACACCUCCUCUCUCCUCGUACUGUAGCCGGAUACGUCUGUCCCAAAGUCGCCAUGGCCAACGAAGACGAGCGGUACCGACAAUCUAGCCAAUUUCGGCUCUGGUCCUUCACCCCAGACAGCCUCCAUGAGCUUCGCUCCAAGACCAACUCGCUCGCGAAGGAGCAGAUUGCGCCGCGCCUCUCGGCCGAUCCCGCGCCCGAAUUCCUGACUCCCGACGAAGAGACCAGGCUCGUCAAGUUCUUCACCGUCGAGCUCAUCCGCGCCGCCCAGUUCUGCGAAAUGCCCACCGAAGUCCGCGCCACGGCUGCCAUUUUCCUGCGGCGGUUCUACGUCACCAACUCGGUCAUGACAUACCCGGCCACCGACCUGCUCAAGACGUCGCUCUUCUUCGGGUGCAAGGCCGAGGGCUACUUCUACAAACUCGUCCAGUUCUCGGAGAAGUUCCCCAACACCACCGGCGAGCAGAUCCUCGCUGGCGAGUUUCUCCUGUGCCAGGGCAUCAGGUUCGCCUUUGAUGUGCGACACCCCUUUCGUGCGCUGGAGGGCGCCAUAUUGGAGCUGCGGAGAAGGCUACCGGCGGAGGAUUCGCGGGUGAAGAGAGCGCAUGGUCGAGCUAGGGAAAUCCUCAAGUUCAGUCCCCUGGUGACGGACGCCUACUUUCACUACACCCCAAGUCAGAUCAUGAUGGCAUCGCUGUCCAUCGUCGACCACGGCCUAGUCGAAAUUUUGGUGCCCGCGCCACCUCAGAACGGAGACCAGAGCAAGGCAAAGGUACACGCCGACAUGCGACAGAAGAUUAUGGACACCAUUGCAGACUGUCGGAGGAUGCUCGAAGAGGAGCCCCCAGAGCGGAUGAUGGACUACUGGGGCACGCCCGAGAUCGUGAAAGCCAUGAAGCCUCUCCGAAAGAAGCUCCAGAAAUGCCGAGACCCCGAUCGAGCGAACCUGGUCAACCUCCAGCGGGCGAGACGAGAACAGACUCUGAACAAGGAGAAGAAGGCAGUCAAGCUCGACGACGCUGGUGUUUUUGGCGAUGAGCUUUCCAGAGACACAAAGAGGAUCAAGUUGGAGAAGGCGGACGAUGUGUUUGGCCCGCCGUUGUGAGCUCAGAUCACAUUCUUUGAUCGCCGUGGCCAAUACAUCGCCUGCUCGAUACCGUCUCCCCGAGGCACCAUGAGGGCAGAGUCGCAGAGUCGUGCUUGGAAGCUCCUCGAAGCUCCUCGACAAGGGCACGGC